GUAGGAAAGGGGGGCGGGGAUGAUGCAAUGUUUGGCAACCGGUGUCUGCGCGCGCACGCGCAGGGGACUACGAGGGUGGUGGGCGGUGCGUGGGGAGGAUGGGUAGGGGAGAGGAGAGAGGGCGGGGCGCUAGCUCCCGGCACCCAACGGCCCCAACGGCUAUCAACUGUGGCUGCCCUUAGGUUGCCGAGUGAAACCUCACUGUAUCUUGUCUUCCUCAGGAGUUCUUGGUCCGCCCACCUGGCAGUAGCCCCCGUUUUAUCUCCUCCAUAAGGGACUCCCAUUUUCUUUCCCCCCCCUUCCAACUAAUCCUCACAAGGCCUUUUAAACCUUCGCCUUAGAAAGUUUGCAUCCAUCCGAUAGGAUUGUCUACAUUUUCUUGAGUCUUCUUAGAGUCUAAGCUUUUAGCCCCCUAACUCCCCCAAAAGGGGCCGAUGUGCUUGAAUCCUCUUGAUAGUCAUUUCCAGCUCCUUUCAGAAGAGCAUGCUUACCUUUUAUCUUUGUGAAGUUUCUAAUAAGCAUGCCCUCCGCAUGCCAGAAUUCAUGUUCUUUACCCUGUGGACGGGAUUUGUUUUCCCACUCAUCUCCCCUCUUGGUGCUCUGGUGCCCUUCACCAAAGACCAAGACCCGUCCUUUUCACUGUACCAGACAGCAAGUCCGGUGACUCCCUGCUGUGAGCAACUGGGCACAGGCCUUCUGCCUCCUAGGUGUUUGGGCUACAGUAGCGCCUUGUUGCCCGGGACAUUGAGUGCGCUUGAACACGCGACUGCCUUGGACUAGGUUGUCAGGAGCCCAGGUUCUAGCUUCAGCUGCCUCUCACUUGCUCAGGGAUCCUAGGCCAGCCGCCGUUCCUGUUUGUAAAUAAAAAAUGAGUUGUGAAGGUAAAAUGAGAGAAAUAUGAACUUGGAAACAGCUUGAACUAAAGUGAAAAGCACCAGGCACAAUGCAGUGUUUUUCUUGUGCCAUGAGGUAGAAAACAGAAGCCAUGUGGUCGCCUGUUACACAUCCUGUCAUAGCCUCAUAGGGUCAGCCAGACUUUAAGUAGAAACUGUCAGAGGCCAAUGUGGCUGGCUGGAAGGUAUAGGUGAUGGUGUGACAGUGACAGGUCCUUGGCCGGGCCUCCUCCGUUGCUCCAGACCUGCAUUUCCCCUUCUGUAAAUGGGACUGGGGGUGAGUGGGUCAGAUGCUCUCUCCUGGCUCAAAGACACAACCAGGUUGUCAGUGACAGGCAGAGGUCAUGUGACUUGACAGGCCGAGGUCGUGUUGUGACAUGUUGACCUGGGGAGGCGGGUCAAGUCCCAGCACACUACUCGGUGUGGGCUAAGCCGGCGGCCCCGGCUUUAGACUGGACCCCACAAUGUUUGCAGAGAUGUUCAGGCACGUGGGAGCUGAUUACACACAAUGAAUGGGGGCAAUGAGAGCAGUGGAGCAGACAGAGCUGGGGGCCCUGUGGCCACAUCUGUCCCCAUCGGCUGGCAGCGCUGUGUUCGAGAGGGUGCUGUGCUCUAUAUCAGCCCAAGUGGCACAGAGCUGUCUUCCUUGGAGCAAACCCGGAGCUACCUCCUCAGCGAUGGGACCUGCAAGUGCGGUCUGGAGUGUCCACUCAAUGUCCCCAAGGUUUUCAACUUUGACCCUUUGGCCCCGGUGACCCUGGGUGGGGCUGGGGUGGGGCCAGCAUCAGAGGAGGACAUGACCAAGUUGUGCAACCACCGCCGGAAAGCCGUUGCCAUGGCAACUCUGUACCGCAGCAUGGAGACCACCUGCUCACACUCUUCUCCUGGAGAGGGAGCAAGCCCCCAAAUGUUCCACACUGUGUCCCCAGGGCUCCCCUCUGCCCGCCCUCCCUGUCGAGUCCCUCCCACAACUCCACUUAAUGGGGGUCCUGGCUCCCUUCUCCCAGAACCAAGCUCAGUUCCGCCAGCCUUCCCACCUCUAGCAGGCCCUGGGGGACUCUUCCCACCACCAAGGCUUCCUGACCCAGUCCCCUCUGGAGGCAGCAGUAGCCCCUGUUUCCUCCCAAGGGGCAAUGCCCCCUCUCCAGCUCCACCUCCUCCACCUGCCAUCAGUCUCAAUGCCCCCUCAUACAACUGGGGAGCUGCCCUUCGAUCCAGCCUGGUGCCCCCUGACUUGGGCUCUCCUCCAGCUGCCCAUGUCUCUUCCUCACCACCUUCAGACCCUCCUCUCUUCCACUGUAGUGAUGCCUUAACACCUCCUCCUCUACCCCCAAGCAAUAAUCUCCCUGGUCCCCCUGGUCCUGCCACUCAGCCACCAGUGUCUUCAGCCACUAUGCACCUGCCCCUGGUCCUGGGACCUCUGGGAGGGGCCCCCACAGUAGAGGGGCCUGGGGCACCCCCCUUCCUUGCUAGCAGCCUACUCUCUGCAGCGGCCAAGGCACAGCAUCCCCCACUCCCACCUCCCAGCACUUUACAGGGCCGAAGGCCCCGUGCCCAGGCACCCUCAGCUUCCCACUCAUUACCCCGUCCCUCUCAGCGUCGUCCCCGCAGACCCCCAACUGUACUGCGAUUGCUAGAAGGGGGAGGCCCUCAAGCCCCUAGACGGAGCCGUCCCCGGGCCCCUGCACCUUCCCCCCAUUUUUCUCUCCCUGAGCCAUCCCAACCAAUUCUUCCUUCUGUGCUGUCCCUUCUGGGACUCCCUACCCCUGGCCCUUCCCACUCUGAUGGAAGCUUUAACCUUUUGGGGUCAGAUGCACACCUUCCUCCUCCCCCAACCCUCUCCUCAGGGAGCCCUCCCCAGCCCAGGCACCCCAUCCCACCCUCCCUGCCUGGGACCACAAGUGGCAGCCUCAGCAGUGUGCCAGGUGCCCCUGCCCCACCAGCUGCCUCCAAAGCCCCCCUAGUCCCUAGCCCUGUGCUUCAAAGCCCAUCUGAAGGGCUCGGGUUGGGGGCGGGCCCAGCCUGCCCUCUGCCCCCCCUGGCUGGUGGGGAGGCUUUCCCUUUCUCCAGCCCUGAGCAGGGCCUGGCACUGAGUGGAGCUGGCUUCCCUGGGAUGCUAGGGGCCUUGCCUCUCCCUCUGAGUCUAGGGCAGCCUCCACCUUCUCCAUUGCUCAGCCACAGCUUAUUUGGUGUGCUGGCUGGGGGAGGAGGACAACCUCCCCCUGAGCCCUUGCUACCCCCACCAGGGGGACCUGGCCCUCCCCUAGCCCCAGGCGAACCCGAAGGGCCUUCGCUUUUGGUGGCUUCCCUGCUUCCACCACCCCCUUCAGACCUCCUUCCACCCCCUUCUGCACCUCCUAGCAACCUCCUUGCUUCUUUCCUGCCUCUUUUGGCCCUGGGCCCCACAGCUGGGGAUGGGGAGGGAUCUGCAGAGGGCGCUGGGGGUCCAAGUGGGGAAACAUUUUCAGGUUUGGGAGACCUGCCCCCGCUACUGUUCCCCCCACUUUCAGCUCCCCCUACCCUCAUAGCUUUAAAUUCUGCGCUGCUGGCCGCCAGCCUGGAUCCCCCCUCGGGGACAACCCCCCAGCCCUGUGUCCUGAGUGCCCCCCAACCUGGACCACCUACCUCCAGUGUCACCACGGCAACUACUGACCUGGGAGCCUCCUCUCUGGGCAAGGCCCCCUCCAACUCAGGGAGACCCCCCCAACUUCUUAGCCCUCUGCUGAGUGCCAGCCUGCUGGGUGACCUGUCUUCACUGACCAGCAGCCCUGGAACCCUCCCCAGCCUGUUGCAGCCUCCUGGCCCUCUUCUCUCUGGCCAGUUGGGGCUGCAGCUCCUCCCUGGGGGGGGAGCUCCUCCACCCCUCUCAGAGGCUUCUAGUCCCCUAGCCUGCCUGCUACAGUCUCUCCAGCUUCCUCCAGAGCAGCCAGAAGCCCCCUGUCUGCCCCCUGAGAGCCCCACCUCAGCCCUCGAACCGGAGCCUGCCCGGCCUCCCCUCAGUGCCUUAGCCCCACCCCACAGUUCUCCCGACCCCCCAGUCCCUGAGCUGCUCACUGGGAGGGGGUCAGGGAAACGGGGCCGGAGGGGAGGAGGGGGACUUAGGGGCAUUAAUGGUGAGGCCAGGCCAGGUCGUGGUCGAAAGCCUGGUAGCCGGCGGGAGCCUGGCCGACUGGCCCUCAAGUGGGGGGCACGUGGUAGCUUCAAUGGACAAAUGGAACGGUCCCCAAGGACCCACCACUGGCAGCAUAAUGGGGAGCUGGCUGAAGGGGGUGCAGAGCCCAAGGAUCCAUCCCCUCCUGGGCCCCAUUCUGAAGACCUUAAGGUGCCCUCAGGGGUAGUCAGAAAGUCUCGUCGUGGCCGGAGGAGAAAAUACAACCCUACCCGGAACAGCAAUAGCUCCCGCCAGGAUGUUACCUUGGACCCCAGCCCCACAACCCGAGCGGCUGUCCCUCUGCCUCCCCGGGCCCGCCCUGGCCGUCCUGCCAAAAACAAGAGGAGGAAACUGGCCCCAUAGCAGCCAUACCUGGAGCUGGAUCUGACCCUGAUUGGGGAGAGCUGAGUGCUGAGCCUUGGGAGCCCCUGCCAGCCACCUGCACCUGUGGACAGUGGGUGGGGGCACUACUCCCCACUCAGAGCACAAAUGCAAGCCCUUCCCCUACAAUCCCAUCCUGAGCCAUUGCAGGGGGUCAGGAAGCUCACCCCCUCCCCCCCUAAAGCCAUGUCACUGAAAAGGCCUGGGGGGGUGGUAUAUGGCCUGCUCCCCACCAGACUAAGGGGAACACCCCCUUCCCCAGGUCUUUUAUUUGUUUAAGUUAUUUUUGCACAAAUGACUCUUUUAUAUUUAAUUCGACUUCAUUGCCUCCCUUUUUAAAGCCAGCAGGCUCAGUUUACAAACCUGUGAGCUACUGUUGGCUGCUGCCCUCCUUCCCAGUGAAAGGUACAAAGCAAUAAGCAUCAUGCAUCCUCCCCUCACCCCUCCAACACCCCUCUGUCUCUGGCUCAGGUUGCUCAAAGCACAGAUCCCCUCUUACCCUGUCCCCAGGUUUGAAACACAUAGCCUCAUUUCAAGGUGUAGCCAGCUUUCCUCUACUUUCCUCUGGGAUAGAAAAAGGGGGUAAGGGGGCAAAGAGAGCCCUCUGGGCCUCUCCUCCCAUACACACUACACUGCCCCUUCUCCCCCCAUCAAAACGCUCAGAGACGUUGUGAUGAUGCGACUGAGGAUUAUGCAACGUGGUCCAACCGGAGCGGCCAGCAUGACCAGCUGUCCAGGGGCUGCCUCCUGCCUUUUCUUUUGUAAAGACAAGACCCUUGGGAGUUUUAAUUCUGUUUUGUACUUGCCCUGUGGGGCCUCCACUGCUUUUCUAUGGGAGACACUCUUAAUUUAACAGAUGAGAAUAUUUUGAAACUCUG